UAAAACAUCAUUAGCAUAGCAAUAUGUUGUCUAACAUCACAAUGGUUAUCACUUUCUCUGCAAUUUUCAUGACAUUCCUUCUGUGUUCACCAUCAGUGGCUGUAAUGCUGUCAAGGUUACCACUACCGUCACCACUCACAGGCCCUGAAUCUGUAGCAUUUAAUCGAAACGGUGAAGGGCCAUUUGUUGGUGUUUCAGAUGGAAGAAUUCUCAAAUACAUUGGUCCAAGGGGAUUCCAGGAAUAUGGCUACACUUCACCAACCAGGAACAAGACAUUGUGUGAUGGGCUUGCUGAUUUCUCAGAACUCCAAGCAGAAUGUGGAAGACCUUUAGGAUUACGUUUCAACCAUCAAACAAACGACCUAUACGCAGCAGAUGCUUAUUUUGGGCUUGUGAAGAUUGGACCCAAAGGAGGAGCACCCAUUCAAAUUUUCAAAUCUCUUCGACCACAAGAGAAUCAUGGCAACUUUACUUUUGAGUUUCUCGAUGGAAUUGACAUUGAUGUGGACACCGGAAUCAUUUAUCUAACCCAAGCUAGUGCUAACUUCCGAUUCAGGGAUGCUAGGGCACUAGAAAACAGUAGAGAUCAAUCUGGGACGUUAUUCUCAGUAGACCCAAAAACGAAUGAAACAAGAGUUUUGAUUAGGGGUCUUGCUCUGGCAGCUGGGGUUGCAGUGAGCAGAGAUGGAGCAUUUGUUCUUGUGAGUGAAUAUCUGGCAAAUAGGAUCCGAAGGUUUUGGCUGAAAGGACCAAGAGCAAAUUCUUCUGAACUAUUCUUGCAACUGAGAGGAAGACCAGACAACAUUAGGAGGAACUCAAGGGGUGAAUUCUGGGUUGCAGUGAAUGAUGUUUUAGGGCCAAAUCCACCUUCAAGGCCUGUUAUUAUACCUAGAGGACUCCGAAUAGAACAGAACGGUGUAGUUUCACGGAUUGUGUCUCUUGUUGGAGAGUUAGGAAGUGAGAGCGUGAGUGAGGUUCAUGAACAUAAUGGGACACUCUAUUCUGGCUCCUUGCAUGCUCCUUAUGUUUCCGUUUCUACUAUCUUUUAGUUUUUCUGUGGGAACUUUCAUCCACACCAAUAAAUAAAAAUUAUCCAACCCUACUUUCUGUUUUA